AUGCAUAUAUUGUUGUCCCCAUGGCAGAACACCAUCACCGAAGAAGAAGUUCAGAGGAUGAAGGAGCAAUUCAUGUGUGCCUACGAUGUCACCGCAGAUGGACGCCUGCAAAUCCAAGAGCUUGCAAAUAUGAUCUUGCCAGACGAUGAGAACUUUCUGCUGCUUUUCCGGCGGGAAACUCCCUUGGAUAACAGUGUGGAAUUCAUGCGGAUCUGGCGCAGUUACGAUGCUGACAGCAGUGGAUUUAUUUCAGCUGGUGAGCUCAAAGAUUUCCUGCGAGAUCUCUUUUUGCAGCAUAACAAGGUGGUUGCUGAAGUAAAGCUGGAAGAAUAUACUGAUACCAUGAUGAAGAUCUUUGACAAAAACAAAGAUGGACGGCUGGACCUGAAUGACCUGGCGAGGAUUCUGGCGCUCCAGGAAAAUUUCCUUCUUCAAUUUAAAAUGGAUGCUUGCAGCACGGAAGAAAGGAGGAGAGAUUUUGAAAAGAUCUUCGCACACUAUGAUGUUAGUAAAACGGGAGCACUUGAAGGCCCAGAAGUGGAUGGGUUUGUCAAAGACAUGAUGGAAUUAGUUAAGCCCAGCAUUAGCGGGGUGGACCUGGACAAGUUCCGCCAGAUCCUGCUCAACCACUGCGACGUGAACAAGGACGGGAAAAUUCAGAAAUCCGAACUGGCUUUGUGUCUCGGGCUUAAAAUGAACCCGUAGAUGGGAGAGUGCUCAUGGUUGUGUUUCCCUCGUGAGAUUUGCCAGCUUCUCCUCGUAGAAGUGUGUCCGUGCUACUGGGUGAGGGGUGGGGAGCUGGGG